UUCCAAAAGGUUGUAACCGAGUGAGAAACAAUCUGUCAAGCUAGUGUACUUUUUUCUGCUGCAAAAUCAAGCCAAGCAGUCUUGGGCUCUCCGUCACUGAAAAAUGGAGCAGACUUUCAUUAUGAUCAAACCUGAUGGUGUUCAGAGAGGCCUGGUUGGUGAGAUCAUUAGCAGGUUUGAGAAAAAAGGCUUUUACUUGAAGGGGAUGAAACUUGUGAAUGUUGAUCGUACUUUUGCUGAGAGGCAUUAUGCAGAUUUGUCUGCAAAGUCUUUCUUCGAUGGCCUAGUUGAGUAUAUAAUCUCUGGUCCAGUAGUUGCAAUGAUAUGGGAAGGGAAGAACGUUGUGCUAACUGGACGCAAGAUUAUUGGAGCCACUAAUCCAUCAGAGUCGGCCCCGGGAACCAUUCGUGGGGAUUUUGCAGUUGAAAUUGGGAGGAACGUUAUUCAUGGAAGUGAUUCAGUUGAGAGUGCUAGGAAAGAGAUAGCAUUGUGGUUCCCCGAUGGUGCUGAAAACUGGGGGAGUAGCCUUCAGCCAUGGAUAUACGAGUGAAAUAGUCCCAUAGUUGGAUAGCAUAGCCCGACAGCUAUAUCAAAUAAACAAUAACUGCUUGCUUUGUUGGAAUUCCUCCUGGUGUAGAUCUCACUAAUCUCGCCUAUUGGUUAUAAUGCCAAUGUGAAGGAACAUGACGCAUACUCUUAUGAAUCUUAGUUUUAUGCUACCAAUGUUUUGGCUAUGCCUUUUGUAGUGGCAUUUGCUUCAAUUCAUUAUCCUUUAUUGAGUGCUUGGUUGUCUUGCUUGUAGUAAGUCAUCCUUAUGAAGUUGGCAUUGAUUCCAAUCUGUAUGCAUUCACGCUUGGAGUUCAAUCCAAACUGCCUUAUUCAGAAUAUCCGAGGACUGCUCGGAUAAAUUUCUGGAUGCAUCAAAUUUGCUAGUGUUACUGUUAGUGUUGACAUUUAUCUUGCCGAGUUUGACAACUAAAAAUUUGUUAUAAUAUAUGAUGCCCGGCAUCCAAAUAUCUGGCUA